AUGGGUGCAAAUAAUUCAAAUACAAAAUAUCAUGAAAAUAUUUGUAAUACACCACCAAAAAAUAAUAUUCAACUUUUAUUUGAUCCUCGCUCUCCUAGUGAUGCUAUUGCUCGAACACCAAUUCAAAUUGAUAGUCAAAUGUCAGUACAACCUUUAAAAUCAUAUAAUCAUGUUGUUAUGCCACGUAUUAUUGGAUCGGAUAUAAGUUUACAUGAAGAAAAUAAUCAUUCUGAAAAGAAAAUGAAUCAAAAUUAA